AUGGUGUUUAGGAGUGGUGAAGGCCGCUCCCUGCAGUGGCCUGGCCCAGAAGGGGGCACUGGUUGCACAGGCCCCCAAAGCAUGCUCAGGGCCACCCUACUGCUUAUCAGCUUGCUCUGGGGGGCCCGGGGAACAGCCAGUGCCAGUCUCAGCCCAACUCUGGGCCAUCCCGUGCACCUGACCAGGGCCCGCUACCUGAGCAUUGGAGAUGGCUCUGUGAUGGAGUUUGAGUUCCCAGAAGAGAGCGAGGGCAUCAUUGUGAUCACAAGCCAGUACCCAGGCCAGGGCAACAGGACGGGGCCCAGCCCCGUGCUGAGGGUCACCUCCCUGGACCCAGAGGUGCUGACCAUCAAGAAUGUGAGUGCUAUAGCCUGGGGCAGCGGCGGCAGCUUCGUGGUGAGCAUCCGCUCGGGCCUGCCUGGGAUAGCUCCACUCCACAUCCAGCUCACGGACCCCCGUGAGGCCCCGCCCAGGCUGAUCGAGGAGCGGAGAGAUUUCUGCAUCAAGGUCUUACCCGCUGAAGACACCCCCACCACCCUCGGCACUGACCUGGUCCACUUCUCAGAGAACCCAAUCCUCUACUUGCUCCUGCCUCUUAUCUUCGUCAAUAAGUGUUCAUUUGGGUGCAAAGUGGAGCUCGAGGUGCUGAAGGGGCUCUUGCAGAACCCCCAGCCCAUGCUGCUGGGCCUUCUAGGCCAGUUUCUAGUCAUGCCCUUCUAUGCUUUUCUGAUGGCUAAGGUCUUCAUGCUGCCCAAGGCCCUGGCUCUGGGCCUCAUCAUCACUUGCUCGUCGCCCGGCGGCGGGGGGAGCUACCUCUUCAGCCUCCUCCUUGGAGGGGACGUCACUCUGGCCAUCUCUAUGACUUUCAUCUCAACGGUGGCUGCCACUGGCUUCCUGCCACUGUCCUCAGCCAUCUACAGUCGCCUGCUCAGCAUCCAUGAAACACUCCAUGUGCCCAUUUCCAAGAUCCUGGGGACCCUGCUGUUCAUUGCCAUCCCCAUCGCAGCAGGCGUGGUAAUCAAGUCCAAGCUCCCCAAGUUCUCGCAGCUACUGCUGCAUGUCAUCAAGCCCUUCAGCUUUGUGCUGCUCCUGGGUGGCCUCUUCCUGGCCUACCGCAUGGGGGUCUUCAUCCUGGCAGGCGUCAGGCUGCCUAUCGUGUUGGUGGGCUUCACGGUGCCCCUGGUUGGCCUCCUGGUGGGCUACGGCCUGGCCACAUGCCUGAAGCUGCCAGUGGCCCAGCGGCGGACUGUCAGCAUUGAGGUGGGGGUGCAGAACAGCCUGCUGGCCUUGGCCAUGCUGCAGCUGUCCCUCCGCCGCCUCCAGGCUGACUAUGCCUCCCAGGCCCCUUUCCUUGUGGCACUUAGUGGCACCUCGGAGAUGCUGGCCUUAGUAAUUGGCCACUUCAUCUAUAGCAGUGUGUGCGCCGUUCCCUGA